GAUCUGCUUUAAAUCACUCAGAAGACAACGCAGGCAAGCGCUGCACGUCUACGCAUCCUUCCAUUUCUUAAAUUAGCCACCUUAAGCUUCGAGAUACCGCCCCCAAUUUCAGUGUCGGUACGGAGCCGCCAGGCCGGGACAGAGACGGAGAGAGAGCCCUCGGCCAUGGAAGCGCUCGGACCCGGCCCGCCUGCCCCUACCUCCCUCUUCCAACCACCACGCCGGCCCGGCUUGGGUACGGUGGGGAAGCCGAUUCGCCUGCUGGCCAAUCACUUCCAGGUGCAGAUCCCCAAGAUCGACGUCUACCAUUAUGACAUUGACAUCAAGCCUGAAAAGCGACCCCGCCGGGUCAACAGAGAGGUGGUGGAUACGAUGGUGAGACAUUUUAAGAUGCAGAUCUUUGGGGACAGGCAGCCUGGUUAUGAUGGCAAGAGGAACAUGUAUACGGCACAUCCGCUACCCAUCGGGAGAGACAGGGUGGAUCUGGAGGUGACAUUGCCAGGUGAGGGGAAGGAUCAGACCUUCAAGGUGUCUCUGCAGUGGGUGUCAGUGGUGAGUCUGCAGAUGCUCCUGGAAGCUCUGUCUGGUCACUUGAAUGAGGUCCCGGAGGAUUCUGUACAGGCUCUGGAUGUCAUCACUCGUCACCUGCCAUCCAUGCGGUACACUCCAGUAGGUCGUUCCUUCUUCUCACCACCAGAGGGGUAUUACCACCCACUGGGAGGAGGGAGGGAGGUUUGGUUUGGUUUCCAUCAGUCUGUCCGUCCAGCAAUGUGGAACAUGAUGCUCAACAUAGAUGUUUCAGCUACAGCCUUCUACCGAGCCCAGCCUGUCAUUGAGUUCAUGUGUGAGGUUCUGGACAUCCAGAACAUCAACGAGCAGACCAAGCCCCUUACAGAUUCACAACGUGUCAAGUUCACCAAGGAGAUCCGAGCAUUUACUUACAAUAGUGAAAGACGUCUUCCCUCAGGACUGAAAGUGGAGGUCACACACUGUGGCCAGAUGAAGAGGAAGUACCGUGUGUGCAAUGUCACACGCCGCCCAGCCAGCCAUCAGACAUUUCCUUUGCAGCUCGAGAAUGGACAAGCUAUGGAGUGCACCGUUGCCCAGUAUUUCAAACAAAAGUACAGCCUGCAGCUCAAAUACCCCCACCUGCCCUGCCUCCAGGUGGGGCAAGAACAGAAGCACACCUAUCUACCCCUUGAGGUUUGUAACAUAGUGGCAGGACAGCGCUGUAUAAAGAAACUAACAGAUAACCAGACCUCGACCAUGAUUAAAGCUACGGCCCGCUCAGCCCCAGACAGGCAGGAAGAGAUCAGCAGACUGGUCAAAAGCAACAGCAUGGUGGGCGGGCCUGACCCUUACCUAAAAGAGUUCGGCAUCGUUGUGCACAAUGACAUGACAGAGGUGACUGGGCGGGUCCUCCCAGCGCCCAUGCUUCAGUAUGGGGGCCGGGUGAGUACAGACACUGGGAGGGACUGUAGCAGGGAACUCUCUCCCCAGAACAAGACUGUGGCCACACCAAACCAGGGUGUCUGGGACAUGAGGGGAAAGCAGUUUUAUGCGGGUAUAGAGAUCAAAGUGUGGGCCGUGGCCUGCUUCGCCCCUCAGAAACAAUGCAGAGAGGAUUUGCUGAAGAGUUUCACUGACCAGCUGCGCAAGAUAUCCAAGGACGCAGGGAUGCCCAUCCAAGGCCAGCCCUGCUUCUGCAAGUACGCCCAGGGUGCAGACAGCGUGGAACCAAUGUUCAAGCAUCUCAAAAUGUCUUAUGUGGGACUACAGCUUAUUGUGGUCAUUCUGCCUGGGAAAACACCAGUGUAUGCGGAAGUGAAGCGUGUGGGAGAUACUCUGUUAGGAAUGGCCACUCAGUGCGUUCAGGUGAAGAAUGUGGUGAAGACGUCCCCUCAGACGCUGUCCAAUCUCUGUCUAAAGAUCAACGCCAAACUAGGGGGCAUCAACAAUGUGCUGGUGCCACAUCAAAGGCCCUCAGUGUUCCAGCAGCCGGUCAUCUUCUUGGGGGCCGAUGUCACUCACCCACCUGCGGGCGAUGGGAAGAAACCGUCCAUUGCGGCUGUGGUGGGAAGCAUGGAUGGGCACCCCAGCCGCUAUUGUGCCACCGUGCGAGUGCAAACCUCACGCCAGGACCUGUCCCAGGAACAGUUCUACAGCCAGGAAGUCAUCCAGGAUCUCACCAACAUGGUGCGAGAGCUCCUCAUUCAGUUCUACAAGUCUACCCGAUUCAAGCCCACACGCAUCAUCUACUACCGCGGAGGAGUCUCAGAGGGCCAGAUGAAGCAGGUUGCCUGGCCAGAGCUGAUCGCCAUCAGGAAAGCUUGCAUCAGUCUAGAAGAGGACUACAGACCAGGAAUCACUUACAUUGUAGUGCAGAAACGUCACCACACUCGACUCUUUUGCUCUGACAAAGCAGAGAGGGUCGGGAAGAGUGGCAAUGUCCCAGCAGGCACUACAGUGGACAGCACCAUUACACACCCCUCAGAGUUUGACUUCUACCUGUGCAGCCAUGCUGGUAUCCAGGGCACAAGCCGUCCCUCUCACUAUCACGUCUUGUGGGAUGACAACUGUUUCACGGCUGACGAACUGCAACUGUUGACUUACCAGCUCUGCCACACCUAUGUGCGCUGCACCCGCUCCGUCUCUAUCCCCGCACCAGCCUACUAUGCCCGGCUUGUGGCGUUCCGUGCCCGCUACCACUUAGUGGACAAAGACCAUGACAGUGCUGAGGGCAGUCACGUAUCAGGACAGAGUAAUGGCCGAGACCCUCAGGCCCUGGCUAAGGCGGUCCAGAUUCACUAUGAUACCCAGCACACUAUGUACUUCGCCUGAUGUCAACCAGCAGGAGACGCACUUCUACACUCCCUCUUCAGUCUGUCUCUCUCUCUCUCUUCCUCUUCCCGUUUCUCUCUAUCGCGUCUUUGUCUGCAGCAAAGCAGUUCUGAAGCCAGGGGGCCAUCUUUCAAUCCAGUCGAAAUUGGUCGGCCUCAGAAGAAUCAACCUCUACCAGCAGUCCUGCACUGAGAGGCUUUUGGCCUCCAAUGCACAGAGAAAAAAAAAUCAAAUUGAGCCAUUUUUAACUUUUCAUUUCUUGUUUUGAUUUUGAAUGUCUUUUUCAUUUGUAAUAUACACUGAGUGUGAGCAAACCUGCGCCAUUGG